GGCCUAGGGGGGUGGGUGGGCGUGCGCUCGCUUUGUGAGGCGAAGGAGAAGGCGAUGAUGAAGGCCCUGUGGGUGCUGGGGCUCUGCUGCGGCCUCCUGGCGAUCGGGACAGUGAAGGCAGACGACCAAGUUGAAGUGGAUGGCACAGUCGAAGAUGAUCUGGGGAAGAGCAGAGAAGGCUCUCGGACGGACGAUGAAGUCGUGCAGAGAGAGGAAGAAGCUAUUCAAUUAGAUGGACUAAAUGCAUCCCAAAUAAAAGAAAUUAGAGAAAAAUCUGAGAAGUUUGCUUUCCAAGCUGAAGUUAACAGAAUGAUGAAGCUCAUCAUCAAUUCUUUGUACAAAAAUAAAGAGAUUUUCCUGCGAGAGCUGAUUUCAAAUGCAUCUGAUGCUUUAGAUAAGAUUCGGCUUAUUUCAUUAACUGAUGAAAGUGCCCUUGCUGGAAAUGAAGAGCUAACAGUUAAAAUUAAGUGUGACAAAGAAAAGAACAUGCUGCAUGUCACAGACACUGGUGUUGGCAUGACCAGAGAAGAGUUGGUUAAAAACUUGGGCACCAUAGCGAAAUCUGGUACAAGCGAAUUCUUAAACAAAAUGACAGAGGCACAGGAUGAAGGCCAGUCAACUUCUGAACUGAUUGGCCAGUUUGGUGUGGGCUUCUAUUCGGCCUUCCUUGUGGCUGACAGAGUUAUUGUCACAUCGAAACACAAUGAUGAUUCUCAGCAUAUCUGGGAGUCUGACUCCAAUCAAUUCUCUGUGAUUGAUGACCCAAGAGGGGACACACUGGGGCGUGGCACUACAAUCACUUUGGUCUUGAAGGAAGAGGCGUCUGAUUACCUUGAACUGGAUACAAUCAAAAACCUUGUCAAGAAGUACUCCCAGUUCAUAAACUUUCCCAUAUAUGUGUGGAGCAGCAAGACUGAGACUGUGGAAGAGCCAAUUGAUGAGGAAGAAGCAAAAGAAAAAGAGGAGACUGAUGAAGAAGCUGCAGUUGAAGAGGAAGAUGAGGAGAAAAAACCCAAAACCAAAAAAGUGGAGAAGACUGUCUGGGAUUGGGAACUUAUGAAUGACAUCAAACCAAUCUGGCAGAGACCAUCUAAAGAAGUAGAAGAAGAUGAAUACAAAGCUUUCUACAAAUCCUUUUCUAAGGAAAGCGAUGAUCCUAUGGCUUUUAUCCAUUUCACUGCUGAAGGAGAAGUAACAUUCAAGUCCAUCCUGUUUGUUCCAACCACUGCUCCACGUGGCUUAUUUGAUGAGUAUGGUUCCAAGAAGAGUGACUUCAUCAAGCUGUAUGUGCGCAGAGUGUUCAUCACAGAUGACUUCCAUGAUAUGAUGCCAAAAUAUCUUAAUUUUGUCAAGGGCGUUGUUGAUUCUGAUGAUCUCCCUCUAAAUGUUUCACGUGAGACCCUUCAGCAGCAUAAAUUGCUAAAGGUGAUAAGAAAGAAACUGGUUCGCAAAACUCUUGACAUGAUCAAGAAGAUUGCUGAUGAGAAAUAUAAUGACACUUUCUGGAAAGAAUUUGGUACUAACAUUAAACUUGGUGUGAUCGAAGAUCACUCCAACCGCACUCGUCUCGCUAAACUUCUUCGGUUCCAGUCUUCUCACCAUGAAAGUGACAUUACCAGUCUGGAUCAGUAUGUGGAAAGAAUGAAAGAAAAACAGGACAAAAUCUACUUCAUGGCAGGAUCUAGCCGGAAAGAGGCGGAAUCCUCCCCAUUUGUUGAAAGAUUGCUGAAGAAGGGUUAUGAAGUGAUCUAUUUGACUGAACCUGUAGAUGAAUACUGCAUCCAAGCUCUACCAGAGUUUGAUGGGAAGAGAUUCCAAAAUGUUGCUAAAGAAGGGGUGAAAUUUGAUGAAAGUGAGAAAACAAAGGAGAGCCGGGAAGCUGUGGAGAAAGAAUAUGAACCACUACUCAACUGGAUGAAAGAUAAAGCUCUUAAGGACAAGAUUGAAAAGGCUGUGGUGUCUCAGCGUUUAACCGAGUCCCCCUGUGCUCUUGUGGCUAGCCAGUAUGGCUGGUCUGGCAACAUGGAAAGAAUCAUGAAGGCGCAGGCAUACCAGACUGGAAAAGAUAUCUCCACAAACUAUUAUGCUAGCCAGAAGAAAACAUUUGAAAUUAACCCCAGACAUCCACUGAUCAAAGAUAUGCUUAGGCGAGUUAAGGAAAAUGAAGAAGAUAAAACAGUUACAGACCUAGCCGUGGUUUUGUUUGAAACUGCAACACUGAGAUCAGGAUAUCUAUUACCAGACACGAAAGAAUAUGGAGAUAGGAUUGAAAGAAUGCUUCGCCUCAGUUUAAACAUUGAUCCUGAUGCAAAGGUGGAAGAAGAGCCUGAAGAAGAACCUGAAGAUACAACAGAAGCAGAGCAAGAAGAUGAAGAAGAAAUGGAUAUGGAAGAAGAUGAAGAGGAGAAAGAAACAAAGGAAAAAUCCACAGAAGGGAAAGAUGAAUUGUAAAUUUCAUUCUCACCAUUGGAAUCCUGUGUAUCCAGGGUGGGGAGGGAAUGUGAAUUAGAUUGUUCCGUUUGGGUUUUUUUGUUUGUUUUGGGUUUUUUUGUUUUUUUUUUUCCACUGUAAAAUGUUGGGACUGGGUCACAGCAGAAGCGUUUUGGUUUUUUUAAGUUGAAUUUUUUAACAUUCCUCAUGAAUGUAAAUUUGUACUAUUUAACUGACUUCUUGGUGUAAAAUCUUGUCGUGUACAAAAAUAAAAAAAGUUCCCAAAUA